AUGCGCAGGAGGAGGGAAGUGCGCCAGAGGCGGCGGUGUUGUAUCCUUGCAUAUGUGCUGUGUGUGUGUUUCCUCCUCAUUUUAUUGCAACCAGCCGCGUUGCUAUCGUUUUGGGGUACAGGCGCAGGGUCGCAAGUGCCAACCUCAUCGCCGCCGGCACCAGCGGCAUCCUCACCACCCCCGUAUGUCCCCAGUGAAAACAAGGCUACACAUGCGGUGGUCACGGCAACACGCGUGAAGAUAUCGACAGACGAGGAAUUCGACCGUGAGGCGCUUGGCCUUGUGAAGCUGCAACUAAAGCGGCAGCGGCAGCGGCAAAGCAUGCAACCCGAGGCAGGGAAACAUGUGCGCUGCGGCGAGGUUCUGCGCUGUGCACUCCUUUCUCCCUUGGCUCUGAAGGCGUGUUCAAUGGCGUUCCGUGAAGUCUACGAUAAGGUAACGGAGCAGGGAGGUGAUGCACCAGUUACGCUGCUCUUCUCAUCAAGUACGAAAUGCCAGGGAGACACGGCCAGUGACUUGAGGGCGAGGGACUUUUUGGAGGGGUCAAACCGUAGCAUCAUGAACCGGCUUUCUAGCCAAAUUAGUCGCAUGCAAAAAACGGCCGAGGCGAGUGGGUUGAGGUUCCCGUCAUUGCAAACUCUUUACGAGGGGGUGCUGGAAGCUGAUGCUGGGCGAGGCGACAACACCCCCUCCAACGUUUACGGUGGCCGCGCCCAUGUUUUUGGUGGUGCGUUCAGUGCGGUGCAGGUGCUGAGUGUGCGAUAUCUGCUGCAGGGCGGCUUGGCGAGUUUUCCCAGCUUGGAGGAGGGACUGGCCACGGUGUUGGGUGCAGCCACCACAACUUACGUCCUCAUGAGCCCCCCGUCGUCAACGCUGCGUGCGAUGGCCCUGACGGAGCCGCUCCGCCAGGCCGCCGCGAAGGAAAACUGCGCAUUCACCCAACUGCCGACGGAUAACAUGUAUCUGUGGAAGGACGGGUCUCCUCUGAGCGCCCUGGUGAUUGGCAUACACUGCCCCAAGGGCUACGGCCCCGGCGAGGGCCAGACGCUGCGCGACUCCUCGCCUGGGCAACGCCUUGACAUGAAAGGGGAAGUCACACAGCCACUUCUAUGCGAGCAUCUUCCGGGCCGAGUUCUUCUCGCCCGUUCGAUCAAGUAUGGGAGCAGGACCGCGAUUUUUCACGGAAAGUGGCGGAAGCAAAAGGUGAUUGUGAAACUAUUUCACCCGUACCAGUAUUUUAGCUUUCAGGGUUUUCGUGACUUUAUGCAAGAGCGGUCGCGGCGGAGCCCACUGAUUCAUUACCCGGCAUUUAGCUGCUACUCCUCCAAGUACAAUGGAAUUUUUCAAGUUCAACCCGUGCUUGGCGGCCACGUGACGCUACAGUCGCUCUUGAGCCCGUGGGGUGCUCGUAAGAGAGUUUCAUUGCGGCAGCGGCUGGAGAUUGCCGUGCAGAUUGUCUGCAUCUUCGAGUUUCUGCACGCAGGCCAUCCUGCUGGCUUUUUUCUCUACGAUGACAAUCACCCCGGCCAGUAUUUACUCAAGAAGGAAGGCGAUGACUUUUACGCGGUGCGGCUCAUUGACAUUGACACCCUCCAGAAGGGGACUGCGGCCCCACUGGCGACUCCGCGGUAUCCGUACAGCAACGUCAGCUCGCACUGCCGCUGCUUCUAUUGUCGUGGACGCUCAAACUGUAUGUUUUUUAACACAAAUGAGGCCUAUGAGGCUUGUGGGCAAUUACAAAGCAGAGAGGCGUGGGUGGCUGAGAUGCCGCUUUUGGUGCGUCCUGGGCGUUUGUGUGACGGCAGCAGUGACAUGUGGUUUGAGGCGCAACUGCUGUUUUUUCUUUUUGAUGGAACCGUGGCGUGGCGAGCGUUGAGUCGCGACGCGCUGCUGCAUCAGAUCAAGUCCGGACGCGUGCCGCGCUUGACGAACUCGUCAGGGGCAGCGCAGCACAGCGAGGCGAUGCGGCAACUCUUGUCACGCAUGUUCCUCUCGCGUCCGACGGAGACGGCGGUACUGCGGGAGUUAAGAGCACUUUGCACUGCGGUAGGAGGCUGCAGUCGCUUAGCGGCGUGCCCGGCAACCGCGCCGGUGUCGGCGGGCGGCCGAUACUCCUCGCCGCUGAACCUCCGCCUAAGCCGCUAG